UUUAACCCAUUUGAAGGGCAAGAGUACUUCUACCGUCUACGAAGGUUGAGUGGGAAAAAGACGCGCGCGCGGGUCAUAUCAUAUCGUUCGACUCUUCAACCUCUGAUCUUCCAAAUUAAAACAGCCUUUGCCAACCCUUUAGUACCGGUCGGGCGUGAGCCCGACUUGACUAAUUGCUUCAAGCACUGUGGAACGUUUGUUCGGGAUUUUAAAUAUAUCAUACAACAAUUUUGAGGGGCCGGUGCCAACAAUUGGUGUUUUCAAGAACUUAACUUCAGCUUUAGUUGCAGGAAACAGUCAACUGUGUGGGGGAAUUCCUGAGAUGCACUUGCCUAAAUGCAACUUCAGAAAGCCUGGGAAUACCAAAUUGACAUCAACCUCUACGUUCAUAAUAUCUCUGGUUUUGGGGCUAUUAGGAGUAACUUCAGUGUUGUGCUUUUUGAUUGUCUCUUGGUUAAGAAAGAAACGAAAAGUAUCAAUAUCACGUCCUUCAGGAAAUUUUCUUUUGAAUCUAUCCUAUCAAAGUCUCCUGAAAGCCACUGAUGGAUUCUCUUCCACUAAUUUGCUUGGUGUGGGAAGUUUUGGAUCCGUGUAUAAAGGAAUUCUUGAUGAAGGUAGAACGAUAAUUGCUGUCAAGGUCCUCAACCUUCUGCACCAUGGAGCUUUUAGAAGCUUUCUUGUCGAGUGUGAAGCCUUGAGAAACAUCAGACAUCGAAAUCUUGUAAAGAUUCUUACAGUUUGUUCAAGUGUUGAUUACCUUGGUAAUGAUUUCAAGGCUCUAGUUUAUGAGUUCAUGGCCAACAGAAGCCUUGAAGAAUGGUUGCAUCCAACUGCUACAGAAGAUGGAGUGCAUCAAGACCAAAGAAAUCUAGAUCUUUUUCAAAGGUUGGAUAUCGUCAUUGAUGUUGCGAAUGCAUUAGAAUAUCUUCAUGAUCAUUGCCAAACACAAAUCAUUCAUUGUGACCUAAAGCCAAGCAAUGUUCUUCUCGAUAAUGAAAUGAUUGGGCACGUGGGUGAUUUUGGGAUAGCAAGAUUCUCUCCUGGAAGCAACCAUAACUCUUCUACUAUUCACUCUAGCACAAUUGGAUUAAGGGGAACUAUUGGUUAUGCCGCUCCUGAGUAUGGUGUGGGAAAUGAGGUGUCAACCCAUGGUGAUAUCUACAGUUAUGGGAUUCUUCUGUUAGAAAUGUUCACAGGAAGGAGACCCACUGACAUUUUUCAGGGCAGUCUAAGCCUACAUUCGUUUGUCAAGACAGCCUUGCCUCAAGGAGUAGUAGAGAUUGCAGAUCCAAUUCUUUUCCACGAAAGGGAAGAAGAGACGACUAGAAACAAUGGCCAAAAUAACAACAUUAUAAGAAGAAACAAAACUCAAGAGUGCUUGGUUUCGAUUUUUCAGAUUGGAGUUGCAUGUUCAGCUGAACGGCCAGAAGAACGAAUGAACAUCAAAGAUGUUGUAGCUGGGCUUAAUUUAAUCAGAAAAUUUUUUCUUCAGAAUGGAACAAACAGAGGCAAUCCAAGAAUAAAUGGACCAUAAUCUUAGUAGCUAGUAUUGGUGUCUUUGUGAUAUUUAUUGUUUGGUUAGUAUCGGUUGAUGUGGCUUGAACGAAUGAAGUUUUGUUUUUGUUGAGACUCAUCAUCUUUUGUUAUUACUUUUCUAAUAAAGAAAUAAUCUUAGUCGUAGU